AUUCCCGUUUGAAAACUUUAUUCCUCCGAACCACUUCGAACCCUAAUCUCACUCAUCGGAGAACAUCGCUCCUUUUCAGAACCUCCACUAUAAUCGACGUCUUCUCGACAAUUUAACAAUGGAGUACGUCCCUCUUAUCGAAAUUUCGUCCGAAGAUGAUUUCCUCAUCCCAUCUUCUUCGCAGGAAUUCGAAAAAAUAGAGAAAGUGAGAAAGAACUUGGAAGAAGUCCCUCACUUUUCAAAUUCUCCAGAGCAAGACCAGAAAGUUCCUGAUAGAUAUAACUUGCGCAAAAGUUUAGCCUGGGAUAGUGCAUUUUUGACCGGUGAAGGUAUUCUCAACCCUGAAGAGUUGGCAACCAUGAAUAACAUGCGUGGUAAAGCUGGAAUAACUUUACCUGGAAUUCAAGAAAUCAGAAAAUCAUCAGAAUCAACUUCAAGUUUACAGAGUGAUAGCUUGGCAUUGGAGCAACUUGAAUUGAAUCUGUUUGAUAAUGUUAGAGAUUCAAUACAAAGGUCUUUGGGAAGCUCUAAUCAUACCACCAAUAUGGUGCAUUAUGAAGAAAUAAAAGAGCAAAUUAAGAGGGAUGCAUCAAAUCCUAGAACCCUGAAGAAAAUUGAUGAUUCUUCUAAGAUCAAGCUGAAAACCCCAACUGCGUUGAGAAGGCACGGCAUCACCAGGCAAUCUCAGGAGCAUACUUUGAAGGAUGGUCUAGUUUGUAUGAAAUUGCCUUCAGAUGGAAAUGCGGAAUCAAAGCCUUUAAUCAGACCACCGAAGAUUUCAUCUAAAACUAUUAGUCUGCCAACAUCAAUGCCUGGCAAGAAGGCUUCUAUUGAGAUUAAAAAGAUAAAAGGUGCUACCACUAAGCAGCAGUCCAUUGUAGCUUUUAAUAAAGCACAUGGGGUUCCAGGCAGAGCUCCUAGAACAACCUUAUCAACAAAACCUACUUCUGGCACCCAAACUGGUUUGGUCCUCACAGCAACUUUAGAGUCAUCAUCCAGUAAUCUAACCGCCGGUUCAGCUGAUCCAAAAACUGUUUCUUCUUUAGUAACUGUUGCAAAAAGAAGUGCUAAUAGAAUUAAUAGUUAUUCUUCUUUAAGGACCAGUAACAAUCUUCUGAAUGUUAGCAUAAAUGGAUCCAGAGGGGAAAAUUUUCAUCAUCAAAAUUUGGUCAAGUCUUCGUUAGCUUUAUCAAAUAUUUCUCCUGCUAAUUCUAUAGACAGCGUUGUUUCAGAGUCUUCAUCUUCAACUACUACUUCUAUGAUGCUCGGGAAGUCAUUAGAAGGGUCUGAUGCUGGGUCUUCAUCCUCUUCUGUAGCAUUUUCUGCUACUUUUGGGGACUCCCAAAACUCAGGUCCACUCUCGGAGACAUUUAUUGAUAAUCGAACUAAAAGCUCUAUAAAUGGUGAUUGUGGCUCAAGACUUGCUAGACCGUCUGGUCUUCGGACGCCAAGGCCAACAAUUGGUUACUUUGAUAAGGAGAAAACUCUAGUCCGUGGUUCAAACAAAGCCCAGAAAGCAAGCUUGCAGAAUGCUUUGAUGAAGAAUGCUAGCGUUAAUUCUACUAGUGCAACAAACAAAGUGAAACCCAUGGAUCAUUUCAUUGUAAGAGAUAGAGGACUUUCUCCUGCUCUGUCAACGCAGGCUUCAAAAUCCGCAGAAGCAAAUUUUCUCACAAAAACUGAAAAUCAUCAAAAUCUAUGCCCUAAAGUAAACAAGAUAUCUUCCGAAACUCUUGAACAGAACUGCAAAGUAAAUUCCAUGAAUGAACGGGCACAAGCUGAAAAAGUUCGUUCGUGUAACUCAAGAAAGAAAGAGGAACCAAAUGUGCUUCAUGUGGGCAGCAGAAACUGAAACAGUUGGAGAUGAAACAACUCAUUAUCAUUCAAACAUAACACAGAAUCAGCAGGAGAACGUGAAGUAUGUCCAUAAUGCUGCUGAUAGCGAAACAGAUAAAGAGAACACAUGCCCUGAAUUGAAGGCUCAAGAUUCAAGUAAAAUGCAGAAGAUGGAAAUUGUAGUUGGGGAAGUUGUCCCGUCCUCUCUUUUCACUUCCUGAAGCAGAAGAUUUCCCGGUCAUAUACUGAACUCGAUCCAUGUUAGCUAUUGCAGUUCAUCUAAUCACUGACUGGUUACAGUUCAACACAGCUGUUGUUGAUAUGGCUUGCAUGAUGUCAGUAUUGGAUCAAAUAACUGUAAUUUUGGAUUAUAUGAUUCUGCUCACAGCUCAAAUACAUCAUUAAUGUGUUGUUAAUUUGACAAGUAAUCUCCUUGAUUUUGUUG